AUGGAGCGAUUUUGCUCUUCAGUAUUACGCUUAGCUACACUUCAACUUAUCCAACAGGCAGGUUUUGACAAAACUUCUGGUCUGAGUGUCGACGUUUUAACAGACGUGUUUGGAAAUUACUUGGAAAUGUUGGGAAAGACUGCCAAAAACCACGCAAUGCAUGCGGGCAGAACCAAAAUGAAUGCGUUUGAUGUAAAGGCUACUUUUGAAACACUAGGAAUAAAAGUUGAAGAUUUAGAAGACUGGUUGGAAACGGAGCGUGAAUCCAAAAAUUAUAAUAAAUGGAGCGGACCUGAUCCAACGCCCGUUGUAAAAGAUUUACUUGCAACUGGUGCAUCAAAGGAUCCUGCAGACGAACAACUGUUAGUAUUUAAAGAAAGAUUUUCUAGCCUUGACGCAAACAAAGAAGAGUUCGGUAUUUUUCAAAAGAAAAUAAUCAGCAAAGAUAAACUCAAUUUGGGAGGUUUUAAUAGCGAUUUUUUUGAUGAAUCGCUAAAAGGUGGUGAGGCCCAAGGAAAGGAGGAGGAGGACGACGGUGACUCUGUUGAAAAUUUCGAUGAUCUAUUCGGAGAGGCACCUGCAACACCACCAAACGGUGUAAUACCAGAAAAUGACAUCGAUAAUACAAAUAACGAGGGUUCAAAAUUACCCUCUAACAUCUCGGAAGAGCUAACUUCAAAAGAAGCUUAUGAUAGAAUGGAAGAUAUGGAUAUAGAUAUUAUUCCUAGUGGAGAAAAACCAGAUUUAAGUAAAGAGGCGAAUUUACUUAAAGAUAGACCUUCUUAUAUACCAAACUAUUUACCACCUUUUCCAGAAGGUUAUCCAAUAUCACACACCACUAAAGAAAAAGAAAACAAUAUUAAAACACAGGAAACAGGAACAAUAUCCGAUGAGAACAAUAUAAAUGAUAAUAACAAUGAUGAGAAGAAAUCACCCGAGAAAAUAGAAAAAGUUGACGCUGACGAAAAUAUGCAGCCAAUUAAAUCCAAAAACAUUAAUGAAGAUAAUUUAACGAUAGUAAAUCAGAAAAGCAACGGAUCACAAAGUCGAUUUACUUCUGAUCCGUUAAAAUUGCUCGCACCAGAAAACAUUGAAAAUGUAUUCAAAUCUUUUACACCGCAUGAAUCUCCUUCAAUGUCAACAGGCGCAGUAAUUGAAUCAGAUUCACAAAAGAAAAAGAGAAAAUUUGAAUUAUCUUUUUCGUCGGUUCCUCCAGGGGAAACAAUAUUUUCCUCUUCACAAAAUGGAUUUUUUGAAGAUUUAGAAGUGAUGGUGCCGCCGGGAUUAGUGCCUCAAGAGCUUCAGCUUCCCAUGAUAAGAAUAACUAGACCUCCGACAGCAACAAAUACAUCUCGUCCUUCCGAAAUUGUUUCCGAAGAAAUGAUGAUCGAUAUCGUUGGAGAUAGUAAUGAAGGCGAGUCAUUUUCAAGUGAAGACGCUUCGACGAAGCCUCUUACAAUAUCUCUUAAGACAGCUGCCUCAUCGAUAAACUCGGAAGCUACUCCGCUUGCAAGCACCGGCAAGAUAAAAAUCCGUCUACCUAUGAAGAAAUCCGCAACAUCUUCCACUACUACAUCAAUAUCAUCAGCAUCUACAUCAACUAUGCCGCCGGUACAAUUCCAAUUGCCCCCUCCUCUGGUUACCCCUGCCACAACACAAGAAGAAAUAAUUAAUUGUAUAUGCGAAUAUCCAAAUAUUGACAAUAAUAAAUUCAUGAUUGCAUGUGAUACUUGCUCGACAUGGUUCCACGGAGGAUGCGUGGGAUUCGGUGACGAAAUGCAAGUAGUGGUGGAUGCUUGGCAUUGUGAAAGAUGUCUUCGAAAAAGGCAUUGA